AUGAACGUUCCUGGUUAUUUAAAGAUUUCUGACUUGUUACGUCAAAAUGAAGUAAAGGAAAAGGGUAAAGGAAAAGCCAAUGCCGCUGAUCUUGCAACAGUCUUGUUAAAACAUGCAAACAAAGUUCAAGAAGAAUGGAAGAAUAAUUUGUCAAAUUUCAAAGAAAUUCUUCAAAAAAGUCGAAGUAUUCAAAAGGAAUUUCGAGAUGAUGAAUUAUUGGAAGAUGAAUAUGGAUCUGAUCUUAUAUAUAACAACCUUCCAUCUACAUAUUAUUAUGAUGACUAUUCCGAUAGUGAUUCUGGUACACAUGAUGAAGAUCUCGACUUUGACCGGGAUAAAAAUGUGUCAUAUGACAAGGAAUGUCAGUGUCAAUUACAUAUUGCCUCAUUCUGUGAUGCAGAUGGAGCGAUAACUCCCGAAAAGUUAUGUACAAGCAUUUUUACAAUACUGAGGUCAGAUAUGGGAGAUGACGAUAUUCAAACAGAAUUGGUCGAUCUCAUUGGCUUCGAUAACCUAAAUUUUGUUACUACACUGGUAACUAAACGGUUGACAAUCCUUGAAAAUAUUAUUAGUAAAUCACUAUUAGUAGAAACCCCACCAGAUUCACAGAAGCAUUCCUCUAUUACUAUAAUUAAACCUAAAGAUAAAAAUCCAGUGAAUGAAAGGAUACCAAAGCAUGCAUGGAGGGAUCAGAAAAAAACAGCAAAACAAAAAAGCACAGAGGAAGAAGAUUUGAACUCGGCAAAUAUUUUAGGGUUUAGUGCUGAUAAAUUACGAGCCAUUCGGGAAAAUGCAUUGCGUACCGCAACAGAUAGUCCGCUACGUCCCAAAAGUACGGGUAGCGUACUUUCCGUGUUUGGAAGCACAUAUUCUCUACCAGUUGGCACUAAACGUGAAGAUUUUGAAUAUAAAACACUGAAUCGCGUACAAUCACUUGUUUACCCUGUUGCAUAUAAAAAAAAUGAGAAUUUAUUAAUUUGUGCCCCUACCGGAGCGGGAAAGACAGAUAUAGCCAUUCUUACAAUACUACGUACGAUAAAGUGCUAUUGCUUUCCGGAACCGUUGGUCCAACAGGAGCCUCAAGAGUUUAUAAUAUAUCGAGAUGAUUUUAAAAUCGUGUAUAUUGCUCCUAUGAAAGCUCUUGCUGCCGAAAUUGUAAAAAAACUUGGCGAUCGACUAAAGUGGCUUGAUGUGCAAGUUAGAGAACUUACAGGAGACAUGCAACUGACUAAAUCUGAAAUUUCAAAUACACAAAUUAUUGUUACGACCCCCGAAAAAUGGGAUGUGGUUACAAGAAAAAGCACAGGAGACGUCGAGCUUUCUCAAAAAGUGAGACUUCUUAUUAUUGAUGAAAUUCAUUUAUUACAUGAGGAUCGUGGUGCUGUUCUUGAAAGUUUAGUCGCACGUACCCGUCGUCAGAUCGAAUCAAGUCAAAAUAUGAUCCGUAUUGUAGGCCUUUCCGCUACGUUACCAAACUAUGUCGAUGGAUUAUUUUAUUUUGACGGUGGUUUUAGACCUGUACCGUUAGAACAACAUUUUAUUGGUGUCAAGGGUAAGCCCGGCUCAAUUAUUUCUAAUAAUAACCUCAAUAUGGUUUGCUGGAAGAAAGUCUUGGAUCUCAUCAGAGAAAAACAUCAAGUGAUGAUUUUUGUUCAUUCACGUAAAGAUACCGUUAAAACGGCAAAGGUGCUACAUGAGUUUGCAUCCGAAUAUGGAUGUUCAGAUUUAUUUGAUGUGUCUACUCUUGAAGGGUAUAGUCUUAGAAAGCGAGAUGUUACGAAAUCAAGAAAUAAAGAAUUAAAAGAAUUGUUUGAAUAUGGUCUUGGUAUUCAUCAUGCCGGCAUGUUGAGAGCUGAUCGAUCAAUGACAGAGCCUUGGGGUGUAAAUUUGCCGGCUUAUGCAGUAAUAAUUAAGGGAACGCAAGUAUAUGAUUCUCAAAAGGGUAGAUUUGAUGAUUUAUCAAUUUUAGAUGUUAUGCAGAUCUUUGGUAGAGCAGGUCGUCCCCAGUAUGAAACGCAUGGCGUUGGCUAUAUUUUGACAACAAAUGACAAACUAUCACACUACGUGUCUGCAAUGACACAACAACAUCCUAUUGAAUCAAAAUUCGUAGAUAAAAUGGUUGACAAUUUGAAUGCGGAGAUUUCACUCGGCACAGUGACAAAUGUUGAUGAAGGAGUUCGAUGGCUGGGUUAUACUUAUCUGUUCGUACGUAUGAAAAAGAACCCACUUGUAUAUGGAAUGAAUUAUUCGGAAAUAGAAAAUGAUCCAGAGUUAGGUAAACAACGACGCGAACUUAUUGUGAAUGCUGCAAAGACACUUCAUAAAAUUGGAAUGAUCAAGUUCUACGAAGAUACUGAUUAUUUCGAAAUUCAAGAUAUUGGUCGAAUCGCUUCCAAUUUUUAUAUAACAUACAAAAGCAUGGAAAUCUUUAAUGAAAAACUGAAAGAAUCUAUGAAAGAAGCCAAUAUCCUAUCAAUAAUAAGUCAAAGCAGCGAAUUUGCGGAUUUGAAAUCAAGAGAAGAGGAGGCUAAAGAACUUGAAAGACUUAAGGAAAAUGCUUGUCCUUGUCAAAUUAAGCAAACUACCGAUGAUACUGCUGGAAAAGUCAAUAUUUUAUUACAAGCAUACCUAUCAAAUGCUAAUCUUGAAGACUUUGCUUUAAUAUCUGAUUCAGCGUAUGUAAUACAGAAUACAAGUCGCAUAGUUCGAGCUUUAUUCGAAAUUGCUUUGAAUCGUAACUGGGCUCAAGUUUCGUCCAUUUUAUUAGAUUUAUGUAAAUGUAUUGACAAACGUAUGUGGACGUUUGAGAAUCCUUUGGCUCAAUUUAAACUGCCUCGAGAGAUUAUAAUGAAGCUUCAAAAUAAUUCACACAUCCCUUCAUUAGAGGACAUGAGAGAUAUGUCCUCGGCUGAACUUGGACAAUUAGUUAGGCAGAAUAGCAUGGGCACUUAUAUUUCUAAAUGUGUAGACAUGUUUCCAAUGCUUAAAUUAGAAGCACAAGUUGCACCUAUUACACGUAAUAUUCUACGAGUAACUCUUAGUAUUACUCCUGAUUUCGUUUGGAAUGAUCGUAUUCACGGUAUUGUAGAACCAUGGUGGAUAUUCGUCGAGGAUUCUGAAAAUGUUGAAUUAUAUCAUUCAGAAUAUUUUAUAUUAAACAGGAAGCAGCUUGGUGAAACUCAAAAGAUUGGGUUCGCAAUUCCAAUCCAAGAAUUACCUCCUCAAUUAUAUAUUCGUGUCAUAUCAGAUAGGUGGAUAGGAGCUGAGGCAUUUCUUCCAGUUUCUUUAAACAAUCUGGUUUUGCCUAAAAAUUAUCAUCAACAUACAGAAUUGUUGAAUUUACCUCCAUUACCUGUAACUGCUCUUAAAAAUAAAACACUUGAAAAUAUAUGUUCUAAGAGAUUUACUCAUUUCAAUCCUGUACAGACCCAGGUAUUUGAAACAAUUUAUAAUUCUUCAACCAAUGUAUUGGUUGGCGCACCUACAGGAUCAGGAAAAACGGUUACUGCUGAGUUAGCAAUGUGGUGGGCAUUUCGUGAACAUCCACGUUCCAAGGUAGUUUAUAUCGCUCCAUUAAAAGCUUUAGUUCGCGAGCGUGUAGAUGAUUGGCAAUCUAGGUUAACAGGUCCAAUGAAAAAACGACUUGUAGAGUUAACAGGAGAUGUUACCCCGGAUUUGCGUUCUAUUGAAAAUGCCGAUAUCAUUAUUACAACACCCGAAAAGUGGGAUGGUAUAAGUCGUAGUUGGCAACAUAGAAGUUAUGUUAAAGCCGUUUCACUUGUGAUUAUUGACGAAAUUCAUUUACUCGGUGGUGAUAGAGGACCUAUUCUAGAGGUUAUU